CCGGAGGCGCUACCAAUCCAAUAUUCCGCCCCGCUCAUGACUUUCCCCGCUCUGGUCAACCCCAUCACCCAUUCUUCAAGUGGCAAAGCUAAGAAGGAUCUCAGGGCUCUGGUGGGUCAAGCCCCGACUCGAAAGAGAGUGGGGGUGGACUGCUUGGAGAAGCAGUGGACGGGGAACACCGAGCUCGUGAGAAUCCAGUCCGAGAAAACUGACCAUAAAAGUGUAUAGAUAGUCUAGAAUUCUGUCUUAGGAGUCUUCUCUCCACAGCCUAUAUACCAGCAAUUGCUCUCGACAACGGUGUACAAGUCAUCAACGAUCCAGCCAACAACAAAAUCAUCGGAAAAGGCAAUCAUCAUAAUGGGUAGGGGAUAUACUGGUGCCACGGCCGUCUUCUUGGCCAUUGGAGGUUUUCUCUUCGGCUAUGACAGCGGUAUCAUUUCCUCCACGAUCGUCCAGCCAUAUUUCGAGGCUUACAUGGGCACGCCAAGCUCAUCCCAAACGGGUGGGAUAGUCUCUUCCUUCACGGGGGGCGCUAUUCCAGGAGCUCUCUCGGUUGCGUGGCUACCCGACAAGUUGGGUCGAAGGAUGACCGUCUUCAUCGGCGCUUGCAUAUCCGUCUUCGGCUGUGCUCUUCAAGGUGGUGCGAGGAACAUACCAAUGAUGAUCGCUGGCCGAUUUAUUGCUGGCAUUUCUGUCGGCUUGCUCUCUGCUGUUGUUCCAAUGUAUUGUUCCGAAAUCGCCACUUCUCAAGACCGUGGAAAGCUCAGUGGUCUGCUUCAGUGGAUGCUGUCAUGGGGCUUCCUUGUUGCACAAUGGCUCGGCUACGGGUGCUUUAAGGUGAACAGUGACUUCCAAUGGCGCUUCCCCCUUGCUUUUCAAGUCGUUCCUGGACUCGUCAUCGCCGCCGGUAUUUGGUUCCUCCAGGAAAGCCCUCGCUGGCUCAUUGAACAAGACCGACAUGAGGAGGCUCGUGUAGUGUUGACCAAACUCCAUGGCAAUGGAUCGAAUGCUGAGUUCCUCGACCUGGAAUUUCGCGAGAUUCGAGACACCAUCGUGGCUGAGAAGACUCUUCAGGUCGACAGUUGGGCAGCGUUAUUCUCGAAGCCUAGCUGGCGAAAGCGAUUGUUAUUGGGAUGUGGGCUACAAGCCUUUGGUCAAUUGUCUGGCAUCAAUGUCAUCAACUAUUAUGGAAACAUCAUUUAUAAGCUCCUUGGCAUCGGCACUGGCACAUCUCUCAUGAUCGUUGGUAUCUCUGGAGCCCUCUCGAUUUGUUACUGCACCGCCGGUCUCUAUUUACUUGACAAGGUCGGACGUGUCAAACCUCUCAUCUUCUCGGCAGUCGGCAUGGCCCUUGCGCUCGUGGUUAAUGCUGUUCUUUCUCAAUACUACGUCGUCAAAUCUGGAGAGCAGACUUCGGACGGCAACGCCCUGCGUGCGAUGGUAGCCAUGAACCUCGUGUUCUCCUUCUUCUUCACCUUCACCGGAAUCAUUACAUGGGUCUACCCUGCAGAAGUAUUUCCUAUGGAAAUCCGCGCUAGAGGAAAUUCGAUCUCAACACUAACAAAUUGGUGCUUGAACCUUCUCUUCGCACAGACGGCUCCGAUUGCUUUGGCAAAUAUCGGUUUCAAAUUCUUCUAUUUCUUCUUUGCUUUCAAUAUUGUAGCUACUGUUUGCUAUAUUUUCUUGUAUCCUGAGACGAAGGGGAAGACGCUAGAGCAGAUUGAUGAGUUGUUCGGAGAUCAGCUGGUACCACACGCGCUGGAGGAUCCGGAUGGAGCCGCGGCGGUAAUGAGCGAGAAAUUUAGCCAUGUUGCACAUGCAGAGACGGAAGUCUAAGGAGCAAAAUAGAGCCAUACCAGCAGCCGGAGGAGGACGGGAAAUUUAGUGGGGAAUUCUUUGUAAUACUGUGGUUAACAUGACACCAUGUACUUGUUAAUAUGCCGCUGGGGCACAAAGUUGCUUGCCACCCUUCACUGGGAACACUUCAAAUUUCC